GUGAAUUCCCCUUCUAUGACGUCUGUUUCGCAACUCUACUUCUUGUCUUGUGACUUAUACGUGAGUGGUGAGCAGGAGGUUCUAGUGCGAACGUUGAAUGUUUGCUCUGGAUUGUCUUUGCCUUGGCAAUAAUCUUUCGUAAAUUUGCUUAGAUUUGUAGUAUUGAAAGAUAAAGUCAUGGAAGUUGGAACUUUGUUUUUCAUUCUUUUUGUAACAUCUGUUUACUCGUCACAAUUGCAUAGAAUUCCUUUGACAAAGAUUCCCACCAUCCGCUCUCAGUUAAAAGAGAUAAAUGUUCCAAUUCCCGAAUCAAAUACAAAAUACACCAAUAACGAGCUUGGCUUUCCUGAUGAACAACUUAAUAACUACCUGGAUGCACAAUAUUAUGGUCCAAUCACUAUUGGAACACCACCUCAGGAUUUUAAUGUUGUUUUUGAUACGGGAUCGUCAAAUCUUUGGGUUCCUUCAAAACACUGCAGUUGGAUCAACGUUGCUUGUUUACUACACAACAAAUACGACAGUUCGAAGUCCAGCACCUAUGAGAAGAAUGGCAAAAAUUUUUCCAUUAGAUACGGUUCUGGAAGUUUGUCGGGAUAUCUGAGCACAGACGUUGUUCGUGUUGGUGGAAUGACCGUAAAGAACCAAACAUUUGCUGAAGCCAUAAAAGAACCUGGUGUUGCUUUUGUUGCUGCUAAAUUUGAUGGUAUCCUUGGAAUGGGUUAUGACACAAUAUCUGUUGACCACGUGCCUUCAGUCUUCACGAAUAUGGUGAAACAGCAUCUUGUAAAGAGUGGUUUUUCCUUCUAUCUUAACAGGAAGACCGGACAAUCCCCGGGGGGUGAACUUGUUCUCGGAGGUUCUGACCCAUCCCAUUAUACCGGUGAUAUUACGUACGUUCCUGUAACGAGGAAAGGCUAUUGGCAGUUUAAAAUGGAUUCUGUGCAAAUUGUUGGUAGUAGUGAGAGUGGAUACUGUGUUGAUGGCUGUCAGGCUAUCGCUGAUACUGGUACGUCACUUCUCGCGGGUCCCACUCAGGAAAUAAAGGAACUAAAUUCGAAGAUUGGUGCAACUCCUGCUGUCAGUGGAGCGUACAUCAUUGAUUGCUCGAAAAUUUCAUCGCUGCCUUCAAUUUCGAUCAAUCUCGGUGGCAAGAACUUCACUCUUACUGGUGAACAGUACACAAUCAAAGAAACAAUUCUUGGGGUAACGGAAUGCCUGAGUGGUUUCAUGGGUCUGGAUAUUCCAAAGCCAAUGGGUCCUUUGUGGAUUUUAGGAGACGUAUUUAUUGGUCCUUAUUAUACAGUGUUCGAUAGAGAAGAAGAUCGGGUUGGAUUUGCGAAGGCGGCCUGAGCAUUUCCACCAACUUAUAACUCAAUAGUUUAUGUGAUCUGCAUUAUAUGAAAAAAUUGUUACUUCUGAAUUAAGCCUCAUCACAACAUGCUCAAAUUUCUGUAUGUGGUUUUAAAUAACAACAGUUUUGUUUAUAUUUUUAUUAUUACGCAUGCGUAAAGAAACUAUCUGGUAGAAGUUGCAUAAUAUGGUUUCAUAUGUUAAAGAAAGUGUUGUGGCUGGAAAUUGCAAAAAGCAAAUCAAGGCCAACUCUGAUUUCUAGCAUUCCUGAUUUUUAUUUGUGAAUUGGCUAAAUACAAGUCUAUUAUUAGUAUCAGUACUGACAGUGCUGUAGUAUUUUAUCUAACGUUAGGGAUAAUGUGGACUAAUAGCCCAUCUUCAUUUUUUUUUGUCAAUUUGCUAUCUAAACCAAUAAAAUAGUAAUGUGUCCAUAAAA